UCUCUGCUUCCUCCCCCCAGCACCUCACGGGAACGCUGGUCCUCUCAGUCUUCACGGCGGUGUUGGGCUUCUUCCAGUACGGCUACAGCCUGGGUGUCAUUAAUGCCCCCCAGAAGGUGAUAGUAGCCCACUACGGGCAUGUGCUGGGCAUUGCUCCCAUGGACAGACAUGCCACCAACACCUCUGGGGAGGAUGGCACUGUCCCCACCCCUGGUACAGAGCCCUGGAGUGGCACCAAGAGCCCGCUCGCACCCCCGGACAACACUGGUGAGGACCUCGCCACCUCCCCGCACAUCCUCACCAUGUACUGGUCCCUCUCCGUCUCCGUGUUCGCCAUCGGUGGCAUGGUCUCCUCCUUCACCGUGGGCUGGAUCGGCGACCGCCUGGGGAGGGUUAAAGCCAUGCUGGUGGUGAACGUCCUCUCCAUUGCUGGGAACCUCCUCAUGGGGCUGGCGAAAUUCGGGCCGUCUCACAUGCUCAUCAUCGCUGGGAGGGCAAUCACGGGGCUGUACUGCGGGCUCUCCUCCGGACUCGUGCCCAUGUACGUCAGCGAGAUCUCUCCCACGGCCCUUCGAGGAGCGCUGGGGACGUUGCACCAGCUUGCUAUCGUCACGGGUAUCCUCAUCAGCCAGGUCCUCGGACUAGACUUUCUCCUGGGCAAUGACGAGAUGUGGCCCCUGCUCCUGGGUCUGUCUGGAGUGGCUGCCCUCCUGCAGUUCUUUCUGCUCUUAAUGUGCCCCGAGAGCCCCCGAUACCUCUACAUCAAACUGGGGAAGGUGGAAGAAGCUAAAAAGAGUUUGAACAGGCUCAGAGGAAACUGUGAUCCAAUGAAAGAGAUUGAUGAGAUGGAAAAGGAAAAGCAAGAGGCUGCUAGUGAAAAGAAAGUCUCCAUAAGGCAGCUUUUCACCUCUUCGAAGUAUAUACAGGCUGUCAUCGUGGCACUGAUGGUGCAGAUAUCUCAGCAGUUCUCAGGAAUCAAUGCAAUCUUUUACUACUCUACAAACAUUUUUGAGAGAGCUGGAGUUGACCAACCAGUUUAUGCAACUAUUGGCGUUGGAGUGGUGAACACAGUCUUCACAGUUAUCUCCGUCUUUCUGGUGGAGAAGGCAGGCAGGCGGUCCCUGUUCCUGGCAGGUUUGAUGGGCAUGUUAAUAAGCGCUGUGGCCAUGACGGUUGGACUUGUGCUCCUGACCCAGUUCACCUGGAUGAGCUAUGUCAGCAUGGUCGCAAUCUUCCUCUUUGUCAUCUUCUUUGAAGUUGGGCCCGGGCCCAUUCCCUGGUUUAUCGUAGCCGAGCUGUUCAGCCAAGGCCCACGCCCCGCUGCCAUCGCCGUUGCCGGCUUCUGCAACUGGGCCUGCAACUUCAUCGUGGGAAUGUGUUUCCAGUACAUAGCGGAUCUGUGUGGACCGUAUGUGUUUGUGAUCUUUGCAGCUCUACUUCUAGUCUUUUUUCUGUUUGCAUACUUCAAAGUACCAGAGACAAAAGGAAAGUCCUUUGAGGAGAUUGCAGCUGUGUUCCGCCGCAAGAAGCUCAGAGCUAAAGCCAUGACUGAGCUGGAAGACCUGCGAGGCAGCGAGAAGGCAUAGACAUUGCCACACACCCAUAAAUGAGGGAUGGAGCAUGGACCUCUUUCGUGCACUGUGGGAAGAACGUUGGGCAAAAGUCUUAUUUCACCAAACCUUACAGCUGGCAGACCAGGAGCACCCAUCCACUGGAUGCCUUCUGGCUGCUGUGGCUCACACAGAAGCUGCAGAGGCUAACCUGGCAUUUUACUCUGAAAUGGCUGGUACAACUGGACGGCAUGAAUUGCUGCAGAAAGGACAGGAGGAAUAUGUUACAUGUGUGUCUCCAUGCCCUGCUGGAAGAAUCCAGUAGGAUCUUACUUGCUGGCACAGCAUUACAUUAAACAGGGUCAUCACUCAGCUGGGAUGAAGGAAAGAGGGGUCAAGUGAUGCUGUAGCCUCAUGUUUUCACCUUGCUGUCCCAUGCUUGCUGCUUCCUGCUGCUGAGUGAUCCGAUGCCUUCAGAGAGCAACUGCUAGUGCAGUUGUGCUACCAGAACAUAGCACUGAUCACCCGAGGUGCUAAGGAAAACAGACUAAGCAACCUCCCCCUCACUCUUGCCUGUGCAGAGGAAGAAGGUGGAUCCCACCUGAAUUGGUCGGGAUGCACCUCACUUGCUUUGCUGUCCACGCAUUAUGGAAAAUACUGCCCAAGAUCAUAAUGAUUUCCCUAUUCACAAGAUUUUUAGGAGAAUCUUAGAAACUCUGGCUGGGCUGAUGUGCAUUUUUAUUCUGUUUCAGCCAAUUUACCGCCUCUUUCCUCCUUCAAAGCCUUUCCUCCCUCCUUUAGCAUGUCAUUGACCACACAAGGGCACUCCCAGCCCCCAGGUCAGAAGACUGCAUGAGUCCUGCAGCCACACCUCCCAUGGUGUGGCCACCGCCAGGUCACCUCCUCUCACUGCUCUUCUUACCACCCUCUGCAUCUGCCUUCCCUUCCUUUUGUACAAUGCUUGGACCCCUGGACUCCAGUUUCAGCCAAGUUCUGCCCCUGCCAUAACAAUUAAUGAUAGCCUAAAGGGUAAAUGGGUAUCGCAGCAUUAAAUGGAAGGUGCCCCUCGCAUCUGACCCUCACUUUGCACCACUUAACAGUUUUGCUGGCUGGAUGUGCUUCAGCCAAGACAACAUGCAAGUAGGAGGUUGCGUUGUUUCUAUAAUCUUGUUUGUGCUCGUUUUGCUUCUUUACGAGAUACUUCUAUGUGACAAAAUCAAACUGCAUUCCUUUUGGGGCUUAUGUUCGAACCAUUGUAAAAGCCUGCUCUUUGUUUUCUUGACUUCUAAGAUUUGCAUGUUCCUUGUGGUAAUACCAGGCUACCUUUUAGGAACUUUCUCAAGAUAGAAACCCAUUAUUUAUUUAAAGAUGAAACACCAGCAUUGCUCGGUCACUGUGAGUUCGUCACAACUGCCAGUGAAGCAGCAAGUGUAAUGUAACAGAGCAUCAAGUAUAAUAAAAAGCAAGAGAAGAGAUGGACUUAGGAAGAUCAUAGGUUGCGCUGUGGGUUUGGUUCAUGCUCCUUUCCAUGUGCCUGAACAACUGACUUUACAUUCUUGGUAUUAAGACCCUAAAGCAAAUUCUAGUCCCUCCCAAGUGACUGGAAGUGCAACCACAAGGUCCUCUGGGACAAGCCUCUGGCCCCAGUAUGUGCACUGAAGAAAUGAGACUGCACUAAAGGCUUUCCUGGCGUGACUGCUGGGAUUUAACUAGAGGAGAACUGGGCCAGUGCCGUCAUGUACUAGAGCGGCAGAGGACCUGGGGCACGCAGGGCGUAUGGGGACCAGGGACCAGGCUACAGUGCACACCAGAUUGCAGCAGAGCUGGGGCGCAGGCUCUAGGUCAGAGUUGGUGUGCUGCAAACAGGUCUCCCCAGGUGAGACUAGCUGAAUGAACAGUUCUCAGUGGAGUCUCCUGCAGUUAGUUAAAUAUUGUAAUGGAUUGUCUGAAUGUAAAAAAAAGGGGAAAAAAAAAAGAGAUGAG